GUCCAUGUCCGUCACGCUUCGAUCGUCACGUCCGCCAUCCGGACCCGCACAUCAGACCCUAGUCUUUCGUCAAGGCCUUCGUAGCAUUGGAGACAACGCCCGCGAGAGUCCAGCUGCCAAUCGCACGAGUGGUCUUUCCGUGCAGUCGCUUGGGAGAGUGAUGCUCUGCGAAGCAGUCCGCAAAGGCCUCGACAAAAGGCUACACCAGAAAAGACGAUGCUCGACGACCAGCAUAUUAUAUAUAGUGUGUGUUAACUUUCGAUAUUGAUCCCCACGCUCUGAUACCACGAUACUUUUUCUUCCACGUGUUUUGUGUGAAAAAUCAUUGAUAAGGAGUGCAGCUAACAGGUGGCACACCUAGGUAGAAAAAGAUUCAACGGUUUCCUCAGCAUUUCAACAAUUCAACUCCACGAUGAUUGGAAUGGCCAGCAUCAUGCGUUUCAUUUGUCUGGUACUUUGCCUUCAUGUGUCAUGUGCAGUGACUGAGGUACGUUGGUGCACUAUAUCCAGUCAUGAAGAAGCAAAAUGUGCCGCAAUGAAGACGGCAUUUGCAAGUAAUUCAUUGCCUACACUGCUGCGGUGUGUUGCACACACUUCUGCAAGGGAAUGCAUGGCUGCAAUUGCUAACGGCGAUGCCGAUCUGAUCACGCUUGAUGGUGGAGACGUUUAUCAGGCAGGGUUCGAGUUCGGCUUGGUACCCAUUAUGAACGAGCAGUAUGCGCAGGCCAACCCAGACGGUUACCAUGCCAUUGCCGUGGUGAAAAAGUCAAACACGGGCAUCAACAUCAAUAACCUUCGGGGAAAGAAGUCGUGCCACACCGGAGUGAAGAAGACCGCCGGAUGGAACGUCCCCGUAGGUUUCCUCAUGGAGAAAGGUGAUAUGACUCCCCAAGACUGCCAGGACGACAUUACAUCUGCCGGGAAUUUCUUCAGCCAAAGCUGUGCUCCAGGUGCUAAGUCUCCCGACUACGAUCCAUUUGGUACUAACCCUGAUAGUUUGUGUGAUCUGUGUCUGAGCACUGACUGUUCUCGCAGCUCCAGCGAGCUGUACUAUAACUAUGCUGGCGCAUUCAGAUGUUUGGCUGAAGGCGCAGGUGAUGUGGCGUUCAUCAAACCAGUUACGAUCACCCAAUACACCGACGGGGCAAGCGGUGACGACUGGGCACGCGACUUAUCGAGCGCUGACUUUGAAUUGCUGUGUCCUGAUGGUAGCAGAGCAGCGGUCGGAAGUGAGGCCAACUGCAAUCUUGCUUUUGUUCCAACACACGCUGUCAUGACCUCCAGUAAAUACAUUUCAACCGUUCUUGCCGAUUUUCGAGAUGUGCUUCAGCAAGCUCAGACUCUUUUUGGUGAGGAUGUCAACUCGAACGGUUUCUCCAUGUUCGACUCGACACUCUACACAGGAGGCUCCGACCUUCUGUUCAAGGAUUCUACAGUUUCACUCAAGAAUGUUGUCGACAAAGAUUAUGCCCAAUACCUGGGUGAAUCGUACCUCGCUACUCUAAAAGGUCUGGAAAAAUGUCCAGCAAACACCCUCCGCUGGUGUGUGACCUCUGACUUUGAGAAGGAGAAAUGUCGAGCCAUGAGUUCGGCCUUCGCGGGCGAGGGUUUCACUCCACGUGUAUCCUGCUUCCAAAGCUACACUGAUUUGGAUUGUGUUGCUGAAAUCACAAACGAUCGCGCUGAUCUGAUCACCCUUGAUGCUGGAGUUCUGUACAAGGCAGGGCGUGAGAGUGGCGUCUCCCCAAUCAUGGCAGAGGAUUACGGGCAAGGGGACAGCACCUACUGGGGUAUUGCUGUCGUCAAAAGAGAUACUACAUUCACCAUCAACGACCUGAAGGGGAAGAAGUCUUGUCACACAGGUAUAAUGAGGACCGUUGGAUGGAUCGUCCCAGUAGGCUUCCUUAUCACUCGCGGUGACAUCGUCGUAACCGAAACCUGUGACAUCCCUCAAGCUGUCGGUGAGUUUUUCAGUGAAAGCUGUGCGUCGGGAAGCAAAGCAGAGAAAAAUGACCCCGAUGGUACCAACCCAGAAAGCCUUUGUGCGCUUUGUACAGGAGUAGGAACUGACAAAUGUGCAUCUAGUGCUGCAGAACCGUACGCUGGCUACGCUGGUGCAUUCCGAUGCAUGGCUGAAGGGGCGGGUGACGUUGCCUUUGUGAAGCACACUACAGUAGGGGACAACACCGGCGGGACAAACAAAGCUAGUUGGGCGAUAAAUCUGAAUAAGGCAGACUACCAGUUGCUGUGCCCAGACGGUUCCAGAGCCGAGAUAGAUGACUACAUGAACUGCAAUCUUGCCAGGGUACCAUCACACGCUGUGGUCACGUCUGGCGACAAGACUGCUGCCGAGAAGAAGGAUAUGGUCGACCUGUUGACUAAUGGACAGAAUCUUUUCAAGAGUGACACAGGUCCAGGGUUUAGAAUGUUUGAUUCGUCCAACUACACCAAUUCUAACAAUCUCAUCUUCAAAGACUCCACCGUCCAGCUCCUGGACCGCAGGUCUAAAGACACCUACGACAAGUUCCUGAGCAAGGAAUACCUGGAAGACGUCGAGGCCAUCUACUGCGACAAGGAUGAUGGAGGCACGUCAUCAGCUGGCAACCUCCUGGCGUCUUUCCUCGUGGUGAAUAUCGCCUUGGUGAUUCGCCGCAUCGUUGUUGGCUAGAGAGGGUUCGAUCAGAAAUGAAAGGCCUUUUGAGAGGAGGGCCUCUAAGUCGGCAUAAGAAAUGUCACAUUCUGGCAGCCUGGGUUUCGGCGUGAGUCGACGUCAAGACUGGGAAAUAUCUCUUUUUUUGUUUUUAACAAUGGCCUGGUAUCAAAAUGUUUGUUUUGGGGGUUUUUUUUUUCUCGUUUUUUUGUAGUUAAAAAACUUGACUGAAAAAGUACUCAUGCUAAAUCAGUGUGUGUUCUUUUACAGUAAGGUGUUAACUGGUUUUAUUGGUUGAAUUAGAGUGCUGCCAACAUUACAUGAUAUUUUGUAUUGAUUGUGUUGGUAUGUGCAAUUACACAACUUUACUAAUAAGAUGGUUUUAAGGGGUUGCUUUUCUGCUUGCUUCAGCUUAUAAUUUUUUUUUUUUUCAUGCAUUUUUUUCAGCUUUUUUGUUUUAACCCAUAAAUGAUGUACUCAGACUUGUUUGCUUAGACUUUAGUUGCAUUUAGAUAUUAACUAACAGGCUAUUUUGAGAAAUUUCAUGGUGAGGUCUAGCUGAUGAGAGAGGGACGCGAUCCCAUGUGGAGAGGAAGGUACAGGCACAAACUGAAGAAUUUGACAACCGUUCCAAGCUGAAAGUGGAUUGAACCAGUCCAAACUGGAUCUGACUGGUCUUAUACAGCAGAUACCAAGCAGUACUACACUCUGUGACCUUCUGUGAUUGUUUCAUGAGAGUUGUGUGAAAGUGAAGAACCGGUCACAACUGGUUCGAACUUGGUCAGAAGACUUUGACAAACAUUCCAAGCUGAAAGUGGACAGAACCAGUCGAAACUGGAUCUGACUUGUUUUUACUCAUCUUCCUAUCUCGGGUUGAGUCUGUACACAAGAUACUAAACACAGUACUACAUUCCAUGACUAUUAGUUGUUGUGUCAUGAGAGUUGCAUGGACAUGAAGAACCGGUCACGACUGGUUCAAACUGGAUCUGACUGGUUUUACUCAUCUUCCUAUCUUGGGUUGAGUCUGUACAGAACACAACCAAACGCAGUACUACAUUCCAUGACUAUUUGUUAUUGUGUCAUGAGAGUUGCAUGGAAGUGAAGAACCGGUCACGACUGGUUCAAACUGGGUCGGACUGGUCUGAACUGGACUGUGAGUUGCAUUUGGAAGUGAUUAGGGAAUUAGAUGCACCCACAUAACAACCAGAUAUGAUUAUGGAUAAAACUGGUUCAAACUAGACAAUCUGCGGCAUUAAAACAUCUGCCUGAUAAAAUGAUAAGAACUAGCAAAUUGGAGUUGAACUUUACAUUUUGUUCAAGUCGGUAUCAAUAUUAAAUGUUGUUAUGACAUUAUUAACAUGGUUACAGUUCAUAAAUAAAUUCGGUUAAUUUCAGCUCAGUGUAAUGGUGAAGCCAUCUUGUUUUCUUCCCCAAUUGAAAGCAGUGUCACCAAACCGAGGCUGGUAGGGCCUUAUGGUUUGGUACCCUUUUCAGUGUAAUGCAAAUCAGCAUGCAUUAUUCAUAGGGACCAUGAGAAUAAUGGUGGCUUCAAUACGUUUUUUUUAUUACAGUUAUUAUUACUAUUUUGUUUUUCCUCAACCAAAUUGAAAACAAAAGCUGUUCAUGGAAAUUGAUUCCAAAGCAAUAAACAUUAGUUCUGCACCAUAAUAUUUUGUUUUUUAUUUGAUUCUUAAAAUUGUCUUAUUUGACUACUUAAAUUAUUAAAACCUUAUUUCUUGUUUAUUUGAGAUACAGCUGUGCUCAUACA